AUGGCCCAUAUCCUCGCGCCCGCCGCGGCACCGGCUACGGAGUUGGGCCGCUACCGGAUCCUCUCUUCCACCGCCGGAGUUCGAGUCUCCCCGCUUCAACUGGGAGCCAUGAGCCUUGGCCAGGCAUGGGAGCCCGAGUUGGGUCCCAUGGACAAGGCGGGGGCAUUCAAACUCCUCGAUGAAUAUGUCUUGAGUGGAGGCAACUUCAUCGACACCGCCAACGACUACCAAGAUGAGGAAUCCGAGGAAUGGCUCGGUGAAUACUUUGACGAGAAAGGCACCCGCGAUCAGAUGGUCAUCGCCACUAAGUAUACCACGCAUUACCGCAAACACGACCUGGGUCUAGCCGGAAUCAACUACGCCGGGAACCACAGGAAGUCCCUUCGCCUCAGCGUCGAGGCGAGCCUGAAAAAGCUCCGCACUUCGUAUAUCGACAUUCUCUACCUUCAUUGGUGGGACCAUACCACCUCGAUUGAAGAGAUCAUGGAUUCCCUCCACAUCCUGGUGGAGCAAGGCAAGAUCCUGUACUUGGGCAUGUCCGAUACCCCGGCAUGGAUCGUCAGCGCCGCCAACUACUACGCCCGUGCCAACAACAAAACCCCCAUCAGCAUCUACCAAGGCCGGUGGAACGUCAUGAUGCGUGACUUCGAACGGGAGAUCAUCCCGAUGGCACGCCAUUUCGGCAUGGCACUCGCCCCGUGGGGCGCCCUGGGCUCUGGCAAGUUCCAAUCUUCAAAAGCAAUCCAAGAGCGGAAGCAAAGAGGCGAAGCCCUUCGCAGCAUCCAGGGCGGAGAGCAAUCCGAGGCCGAGGCCAAGAUGAGUGAAGCUCUCUGCAAUGUCGCUGCCGAGCACGGCAUCAAGAGCCCGACUGCCGUUGCCCUGGCCUACGUCAUGAGCAAGUAUCCCUACACGUAUCCCAUUGUCGGGGGCAGGAAGGUCGAGCACCUGAGGGACAACGUCAAGUGUCUGCACAUCAGCCUGACGCAGCAGCAAAUCGAGUACCUGGAGGCCGUCGUUCCCUUCGACCCUGGAUUCCCGAGCAAUCUCAUAGGCCCGGAUCCCAAGGUUGCCGGGAAAGCGACCGGACUGCUGGCUGCCAGCGGGAAUCUCAACUUUGCCAUCGCCAAGUAG